UUAUGCUCAGUCUGUCAGCGACGAUCGUGGAAGUUAGAAGUAUUUACUCGGUGGUGGUCGCGAAUAUCACAAACCUCUUUCGUAACGCGUAGCGUGUGGUACGACGACGACGACGAGAGGAGCGCACCGUUUUAAUCAAUUGAACGUUCUUCCGUGUGUGCUUGAGUGAAAUCCAGAUAUAACUUUUCGACGCUCACGUAAAACGGGGUUGCAGCAGCAGCCGUUGCAACCGAACACACGAAGCGCGCAGGAAGGGACGAAACGAAUCAAAUCUGCACAGAGCGUAAUAUAUUCGCUGCAUAAUAUACCUAAUAGUGGUGGCCACAUGGCUUAAUGUGGAUCGAUUUUCUUGCCAUCGCGGAAAUUGACAGAGAGUGAAAAGCCAAUCCCAUUUCUCGCGCUGGUUUGGCUGAAGUGUGGUGGUAUACGGCUCUAAGGUGGCGGCGGCGACUGGAGAAGGUCGAAGAACUAUCCAUGCGAUGAAAAAAUAAGUUUUAGUUAAAUAUAAACUUUUCCUGUUGCUCGUACCGUAGUAAAGUGAAUGUGCAAAAGCAGUAGGGAACAAAUCAAUUGGAUUUGACGCGCGGUGAACGGUGUGAAAACUGGAUGGUGAAGAUUGAACGAACGAAUAGAGUUAGUUGAAUUUACGGUGCUUCUAUUACGAAUCAGCUUACGGAGGCGGUGAAUGUAUGACAUUUCCAUUGGGACCCGUUUCUGAUCUCCCACAGUCGAGCUUUCUGUUUUCAAAAGGUGCAUUAGAAACGAUAGAAAGUCAACUUGCUUCCCCAUCACUUCGCUGCAAAUUGCUUUAUCAAGUACACAUAUUCACAUUGCAAGAAGACGAUGGCUAAAAUCGGAUGCGAAUUUACUUGGAUAUCACGAAACCGAUUCGCAGAACUUUAUCUUCAAAGUAGCAUCCUGAAGAACAGAUUCAAACAAACAAGUCUCGACUUCAAAUUUCAAUAGACGGAAAGUGCAGAACAAAGCGUUCGAUUGUGUAUAAAUAGGAAAAAUCAGAGCACUGCAGGAGAGGAAGGACAAGCAGAACUGCAGUAACCCCCGGGAUCGCAACAGUGUGUAUGUGAGAUAUCGGCUUGUAUUGCGCAAACUCGAUACCCCGAGAACCCAUCAAGUUGGAACACGCCGCUGACUCGGUAGCAUGUUUGUUGAAUGAAUUUUCUACGGCAAUCUUUCCAAGCAUCUGCUCCUUUGUUUUAUGAUACACAUUCGCAUCGAAUGCGUGCGCUCUGAACAGCUCGCCAAACAAGCAAUCGUAGUAGUCGUACGUGCGAUUGACAGAAAUGGAAGGAUAGAAGAUACACACAAAUAUCGUAGAUCUAUCUGACACAACGAAACACUGAGCCGAGGAAGACAAUAACAAAAAAAAUAAAACACCAAACCAUCCGGAGCAGAGCAACAACCGACACACGAGAGUCGCUUUAAUGCUGAGAAUCUCUUUAGUCAUAUAACAAGCAUUGAGAGACGCAGAACUGAGACGCGCGAGAACCACGUGGUCUGUGAGCGCUGUGCUUUGUGCGAACUCUUUGUUCGCGUUGUUUAGUAAUAAUCGUGUGGGAUACAACGCGCGCCGUGUGGAGAAUUUUUGCGGAACGCAAAACCGCCCCGCAGAAGAAAGUGAAAUUUCGACGGAAGGCGACAAAAUACGAAGUUUUUCGUCACCUAUUGUGGAUUAGCAGCGAGUGAACGAAUAUCAUUGCUUCAAUAGUUUUUCUCACGGAUAUGCCGAAAAAAAAAACGAGUGAUGAUAUAAUCAGUAAGCUCUUCCCAACCAAACGAAGCAAAAGUAGUGUCGAUAGAAAAGUCAAAGCGAAUAAAUUACGAAUGCACACAACAACAUAGUCGUCACAAGCAAGUGCGGGGUGAAAGUUUAUUUUCAAGUGGCUGGCGAAAAAGUGUUUGUUUUUUUUUUCGUUCCUCACUUUGGGCAUGGUUCGAUUGUGAUCCGGGCUCUGUCUUGUGAAGAUUUCAACAACUAUUAGCAACAAUGACCAGCCAGGAAUUGGUACUGAUGGCGGCUGUGGCCAUUGCGGCCGUGUUUGGCUACGUUCUGUUCGUUCGGAUUCGGAUGCGAAAAAAGAAUGACGCAUUUAUUCGAAACGAAAAGAACGAAGAGAAGAAGCAAAAGCAUGGACACCGGGUGGUUGCGAACGAAACAGCUGCCACCGGUGCUGCCGGAAUGGCGGCAAAAAGCAGCAAGAAAAACGUUUCCUCUGGUUCAGCAACAACUGUCAAGAAGCAACGGACAGCCGAUUCUAACUACCAACACCCUUGGCUGUAUACAACGCUGAAAGGGCAUACCGGCCAGGUGUUUGAUAUGGACUUCUCAAGAAACGGAAAAUACUUGGCGACAUGUGCAGAUGAUUCGCCUUCGGCACAAUCGAGCAGCGGCAAUCAUUUAAUUAAUGAUACUAUUAAUGAAAAUGAUAAACUGAAUGCUUCAUCGCGCUUGCUAUCGUUGGCGUCCUCCUCCUCGUCAUCGUCUUCGACUUUUGGCGGUGUUGAUAGCUCUAUAGUUACCAAUGAUGCUAGUAGUUGUCCGGUUAGUGGUGUUGGAAGGAACCUACGCGUCGGGAGCAGCAGCAGCAGCAGUAGUAGUAGUAGUAGCAGCAGCAGUAACCAUGGAGAGGACUCGUCAAACGCUCAAACCUCCAACAAGAAACAACGCAAGCAUUACACUAAAAAGAAGCAGCACAAUAAAAAGGCGAUCGGUAACAACGGCCUCAGCGCCAACAGUAGUAGCUAUAAAGUGUCCAAUUUGCGUGUACCGUCGUCAACCACUAACGACGAUGACGUUAAUGCGUUUCAAGACGAUCACAUAACGCAAACCAAAUAUUACUACAACUCGUCGACGUCGUCAUCUAACUCGUCCCUCGCAUCACAGAAAUCUACAGUAGCAUCUUCGAAAGUGACUUCAUCAGGAGCUAAUACAGUCAAUCAGCGCAGCACAAGUGGUGUUACUAAUUCAUCAUCAUCAACCCAGUUCAGCAAGGGUGAUAAAAAAGCUGCUACUGGUGGACAAGGUCGUCAGGAUUCAAAUACUCGUGGCACAAACGCGGACAAAAAGAGUCACCGCAAAAACGUUGCUUUCCUAAACUCAUCCAUCGCCAAAGAGGCGACAUUCUCUCCACUGCACCAAUAUGUGAAACUGAAUCUGAGUGAGCAUCAACUGGUGAAAUAUCUUCGAAAGUAUGUGCUCGAUAAAGAUAUAAUGAAAAACCUUGGGUUCCCGGUGGAUUACGAUCUGGAUUCGGACAAAGCCAUAAUCUACAAAAUCACACACGACUUUUUCCGUCCUGCACAGUUUUAUCAUCAUUCUUCGUCGGCUGCUGGCGAUGAAAACAAAUGCGCAAAAUCGCGGCUGGAAACCGGUGCGGACAAAAGCGAUGACAAUGACAGCGGCCAGGGAAGUGGCACUUCCUCACCGACCAACGUGGAUGACAACGAUGCGCUGCUGAUGUAUCGGCUACCAUCUAAUGCGGGUUCGCUUAAAUCACCACUGACUGAUAUGCAUCUGCAACCGAGCGAAGAGCGCGAAUGCUGUCGUUGCCGAAAGGGAUUCUUUAUCACCCUGGACGGGGAGUAUCUGACGCAGGAGCAUUGCAUAUAUCACUGGGGAAGAUUGGUGCGCGUUUUCAACGGUUCCAAAAAGGUGUACUCGUGCUGUAAUGGAGACCCUGACGUAAAAGGUUGUACGAUCAAUAAACUGCAUGUUUGGACGGGGUUGCUGUCUGGCUAUAAUGGUCCGUUUAGCGGGUUCGUAAAAACGCAACCUUCGCCGAGAAAGUUGAAAAAAUUCCAAAAAGUUUUGCUGAAUAAGUUCUACUACCAGAACAUGGAUGCAGACUGUUUGGAACUGAUACAGGAAGAACAAUAUGAUGACGAGAGCGAUGGUGUUUACGCGCUUGAUUGUGAAAUGUGUUACACCGGGAGGGGUUUGGAACUGACAAAGGUGACCGUGGUGUCAGUCGACGGUAAUUUGGUGUAUGAGAAACUCGUGAAGCCAGACAUUGAAAUUGUCGAUUAUAAUACUCGAUACUCGGGCGUGACGGAGGCAGACUUUGCCGAUCCACGUAACUACGUAACGUUGAAACAAGUACAAAAAGAUCUCCUGAGGUUUAUCUACGACGACACAAUUCUGAUUGGCCAUGCCAUCGAGAACGAUUUGAAAGUAUUAAAAAUUAUUCACAAAACUGUGAUCGAUACAUCUCUCACGUUUCCUCACAUGAACGGAUUUCCGUUCCGACAGUCGCUGAAGGCGCUCACCAAAAAUAUCCUCAAACGCGAUAUUCAGAUGAGCUCCAACGAUGUAACACAACCGAAACAAAAUCACCACCCUAAAGUAGAGUUUUUGUACAACAAUUGCAGCGACAGCAGCAGCAGCAGCAGCAGUAGUAGUAGUAGCAGUAAUAACAUUAAUAAUAGUGAACCGAACAAUGUGAACGCCAGCAAAAGCAAUAGUAAUAGUCGAAGUAGUAGUUCCUCGUUGGGACACUGUUCUCUAGAAGACAGUCGCGCUAGUUUGGAACUUAUGCUUUGGCUUGUCCGCAAGGACAACAUGUGGAGCAACAAUAAUUGCUAUCAAAUGCAGAAUAAUUGAAAAGAAAAUUUGCUGUGAUUACUUUUUUUUCUAAUUUAUUAACAUUAAACCCAAAUUAUUGUGCCAGAUCAUCAUCGGACUGCUGAACGCACAACCGGAAACAGUGAGUUCUGUCAGCUCAUUACUGGUGUGUAUCUUGAACAAAAAGAACCACAAUUGAGGUAUAAUACUCUGAGCACAUCAAACUUGUCGACAGAAUAAAACGAGCACAAAAAAUCAGCAACACAAUCCGUCCAUUUCGCGAAUAUAGUUCUAGAAGCAAACAAACAUACACAAAAAAGUAUCAACUAAAAAUGUUCAAGAGGUUGCGUGAAUAUUCAUACGAUGAAUAAACACAUUUGCAUAGUUUCGAGUCAAGCACAACACAUAUAUUUUGGUUCCUAAGAUGAUUCGUUUCGUUCUCGCGAAACGACAAAACACAUACAAAAGCGCGCGGAUGGAAGCAUAACGUGUUUUUAGUUAAAACAAACAUAAAAGACUGUAUUUUUAUUUACAUAAUGCUUAGUAGUUUUUAUUAUUUAGAGAAACAUAUCGCGAUGAAGAACCAUAGGCGUGUGAUGCUCAAAACGUACACCACAACGUGUAUAAACACUCCCAUCACACAAAGUUAAUUUAGUAUCAAGUCACGAUCAAAUCAACAGAUCGACAACAUAUAACUAACUCUCAUUGGCACAUCAGCCCUCCCGCGGACUAGGGCGGAAGUUGGUCGCAUUUUCCACGCAACAGCAAAUUUUCUUUCAAUUAAUUCGCUUGAGAAGCUGUUAUCCAAAUGCACUCAAUUGUGCUUUGUUGUUGUUUGUACUGUAUGUACUACAGAUUUUGAGAAUAAGUUUCCACAGUCACAGAGAAGAGUUUACGAAGGGGAAUAGUAGCGAUUCGUUGAUACUAAAAGUUUAGGAUACGGUUAGUUACUUGAUAAAGGUAUAUAUUGUUAAGUGGUCAUUUCUCAUUUAUUCAGUCCGUUGAAGACGUGAAAGAAAACGAGAAAAGAUGUACGAGACAAUGUUUUUUUUCUAAGAACUGUUGAAGAAGAUAGAAGCGAGCUACGAAUCCUAGAAAUAUUGACCAACAUGAUUUUAACGGCACACUUUGUGCCACAUGUUGUUCCUCACUUAAGGUAUGUUGUGAUGGGGAAACAUUGACGGAAUGACAAUGUGACUGUUAAAUUGAUCGGAAUUCCGAUGAGAAGAAGAUGAAAUGAAAAAAAAGUUUUAGUAAUAAAACACAAGAUCUUUUAAAGAGCAAA